CACCUACAAGACAGAUCACAUGCCAAAAUUCACUCCUAGAGUUGAGGCUAAGAACCCAGUGCUCCACGAUGUUACGACAAAAAAGCACAUAACGUUUGAUUUAUCUGAUUCAGAAACGGAGAAACCUGUUGCUAAACGUGCGAAGCUCGACAAACCUAAAGCUGCAAAGAAACCUAAGGAAGUGAAGAAGAAGAUGAUCCAAAUUGACCAAAAGAUCACGGUAGAAGAAAUCAAAGUCGACCAUGGUGUAAAAGUGAUUAAUGCAUCAGUAGAGGCUAAAAAGAAGGCAUCAGCAAAGGCGACAACAGCCGCAGAAACUACUGUCGAUGGUGUACUACAAGAUCAAAUUCUUCUAAAAGUCCAGAAGCGACGACAAAAGCUGAAGGAAAAAAAGAAGGCGAAGAAAAAUGGAGUAGCGACGCCAACUCUGGAAGUGGUGCCAGAGGAGCUCACGAAGCGGUUAGGGAUGGAGGAUAUUCGAGAGUAUAUUCUCUACUGCCUGGCUGAAGCGCCAGUACCUUCCUGGUUGAAAAUUGCAAACCGCGCUGCUGUUCAAAAGCUAGUUCUGGUAUACGCACAAGGCUUAGAUCUCACUUACUUUGGAUACCCUGAAAGUCGAGCAAACAUAAAACCAAUCGCAGCACUUAAUGAAAUGGAAGAACAAGCUUUGGCAAAGAAAACCCUAAAGUUUUUCACCUCACAAUUUUCACACUGUGUCGUAUCCAAGAGUUCGGGAACAAAGGGGAAGGUUCACAAUCCAAUGACGAAUCUUCUACAAUGCCCUGUGUCUCACAGCCAAAAGGAAAAGAGAGAUAAGCAGAGAGCUUCAAAUCGUGAAGCCUUUAACACAGCCGAUCAUUACAUCCUCAAGCUAGAAGACAUGAUUGCUGCAGAGUACCCAAUUCCCACCAGUCUUGACUCAACUUCCGUGCUACCAGAGGGAUGGCAUGAAACUCGACCAGGAAAGGAGCCAACACCGAAGAAAUUGAUUGCAGUUGAUUGUGAAAUGUGCGAAACUGCAUCUGGUAUGGCGCUUACUCGCGUUUCACUCAUUGACGAAGAUUCAAAUGUCAUUUUGGAUGAACUUGUCGUUCCCGAUGAACCGAUCACCAACUAUCUGACUGAAUACUCUGGUAUCACACCAGAUAUGAUGGCAGGAGUUACCACUUCACUGAGAAGAGCACAAAAACAUGUUCGCAAAUUUGUCGACCACAACGUUAUCUUGGUCGGACACGGCUUACACAACGAUUUGAAUGCAUUGAAGCUUACACAUCCAUACUGUAUUGACACCUCCAUUAUAUACCACCAUUCACGAGGACCGCCAUUCCGACCCGGUUUGAAAUGGUUAGCCACCAGAUAUUUGAAGCGAGAUAUCCAGAAUACUGACCCUAACCAUGGUGGAAGAAUUGGUCACGAUCCGCGUGAAGAUGCAACAGCGACACUAGAUCUCGUUAAGCUUAAAAUUCAACGUGGUGAAGCAUUCGGUUUGCUACAUGAUGAUACAGAAUUGAUCUUUAAUCGAAUGAAGCGAUUCCGACCCCCUCGUUUUGGCGCAAUUGUGGAAAGCUGUGAAAAAUUGAACAAACUACUUUCGGCGGCUCUUGGAAAGGAUUAUUUCCAUUGUAUCUCGGAUGAAGAGGCUGUUCAGAAGACAAUUGAAACACUGGCUGAUCACGAUUUUGUACUGUCUAAAUGGAGCGAUUUGGAAGGAAUUCGGAAGAAGGACACUGAUAACAGUUACAAUAACGGCAUUCCAUCGGUCGUGACAGCAACAAGCGGGGAGACCGUCAGCAGCGAAUUGACAAAGGCUAUGGAUCAUCUCAGCAAAUUUGAUGAGCAAUUCAAGAGUCUUUACGAUCAGUUACCUGAUAACACUGCCAUUAUCGUCAUGGGAGGUUUAGGUGAUGUCCGUGCUGUCCAAAGACUGCAAGAAAAGCAAGACUCAUACCAAGCCAUGUUCAAAAAAUACAAACUCUCAGAUAUACCAGAAAGCGACCAGUUCACAGAGAAAGAUCAAAAGCGUCUCGAACAGGAAGCGGCAAAAGCACAAAUGGGAAGCACGUUUUUCUGCAUCAAAGGCUCGCAAGAGUAAAUUCAUUUUCUUUUCACAUUCUAGCAUGUACUCAUAGACAAAAUAUAGACCAUUACGCUCGCAUAAAUGCAUAUUCUUCAUUAAUUUUUUUUUCAAUGGCAAUGGUGUACAGAUUGAGAUUUGGUCAACAUACGUUGAGCAUAAUGGUUUUUGAGCGCUCACAUAAGAACAGUAGUUUUAAUUAGAGUUUGAUAUUGAGGAGAACGUCAUUACUAACUUGAUUAGAAUGGCAUG